CCUACUACAUUUACAUCACCGAAUUUACAGGCUGGUAUUAUUUGUCUGACAAGAUGGCAGGAGGAAUCUUCAACAACUUGGGCAGUCUGUGUAAAGUGGAUUGUGCUAAUGUUCACCCCUUGGUGUGUCACCUGUGCCAUGAGCAGUACCAGUCCCCAUGUUUAUUGGACUGCUACCACAUCUUUUGCGCCCGCUGCUUGAGAGGUCGGACUAUUGACAAUCGCCUCAGCUGCCCCCUCUGUGGAUACCCAUCUAUAGUAAAAGGGAAUAAUAGCCUCCCACCAGAGGACCGUCUUCUGAGGUUUCUUGUUGACAACAAUGCAGAUGCUGAGGAGGCGGUGCAGUGUGCCAAUUGUGACCAGGAAAGCAACAAAAAGGACACAGGGGUGAUGUACUACUGUAACACUUGCAGCCAGCCAUUGUGCGCCACCUGCAGGGAGCUGACACACAAGGCCAGAAUGUUUUCCCACCAUGAGAUUGUGUCCUUGGCCAAACGCACCAAAGCCAAACACAGGAAAUGCUCUCUCCACGAGGAACCUUACAUCCUAUUCUCUACAGAGAAUAAGUCUAUGCUUUGCAUCAAAUGCUUCAGGGACAUGCAAGUGGAGAGUCGGAGUCACUGCAUUGAUAUUGAAACUGCUUACGUGCAGGGUUGUGAGAUGUUGGACCAGGCUGUGCUGGUGGUAAAGGAACUGCAAACUUCAACUGGAGAGGCGAUCCUUCUGCUGAGAGCUAUGCUAGGAGAAGUGUGUCUGAACGUGGAGGAAGAAGAGAACGCAAUCUGCAGUCUGUUCAACAGUUUGCAGGAAAAACUAGAAGAGAGGAAGAAGAUCCUGUUAAAAGCAGCUCAAAGCCAACAUGAGGAGAAGGAGAAAGCACUGAAGGAGCAACUGUCACACCUUACUGCACUCCUACCUACCCUCCAGGUCCACCUUGUCACCUGUUCAGCCUUCCUCAGCUCGGCUAACAAGUUUGAGUUUUUGGAUAUGGGCUAUCAACUCAUGGAGAGGCUGAAGAGGAUUGUGAAGCUCCCUCAUCGACUGAAACCAGUGCAGAGCAGCAAAAUCAACACAGAGUACAGAAGUGAGUUUGCUCGCUGUCUAGAGCCUCUGCUGCAGAUAGGACCACGCUGCCCUCCUUCUGUCACUGGUUCCACAAGUGCUGCAAUACGGCUCCAGUCCCCUCUCACUGUGUCUUGUCGCUCCCCGUCGCUUAGUGAGAUGCCCCUGGGCUCGGCGUUUGGGCGAAGGCCCACCUCUCACCGCAACAUCUGCACCAAGGUUCUUUUGGCCGAGGGCAGGGAAACACCCUUCACCGAGCACUGCCGCAAUUAUGAGAACGCCUACAGGUCUCUGCAGACAGAGAUGCAGAAUCUGAAGGACCAGGUCCAGGAGCUGCACAGAGAUUUGACCAAGCACCACUCCAUCAUCAACACAGAUAAAAUGGGGGAGAUCCUGGACAGAUCGCUACACAUUGACAGUCAGAUAGCUGCCCAGUACUCCACAGUAGAAACUAUGAGAGUCAUGUUUGAAGAGAUGUGGGAUGAGACUUUUCAGAGGGUCACGAAUGAGCAGGAGAUCUAUGAAGCCCAGCUUCAGGACCUGAUGCAGCUGAAGCAGGAGAACUCUUACCUCACCACCAUCGCUAGACAGAUCAGCCCCUACAUCCUGUCCAUUGCUAAAGUGAAAGAGAGACUUGAGCCCAGGUUUCAAGGGCCCAAAGAGCACCUCGAUGACCGCACCGAGACGAUGCAAAAAAUCUAUGAAGACAGCACAAUGACAAAAGACUGUCAAGAGAGGUAUUGA